AUGGAUGAAAAUUAUGAUUUUUUUUUAAGAAUUGGUGUGGAUGGUGAGGCACGUGUUGGCAAAUCUAGACUUAUCUCUAAAUUCGCAGAAAAUGAUUUUGAAAAUGGAGUAUACAAAAAUACUUUGCACGCGUAUGUCACAACCUCGUACAUUCAAUUAGAUGACUACACUAUUAAAGUAGAAUUUUUGGAAACCGGAUGGAGUCUCCGACCAAAUAAAAAUUAUGUUGAUGGUGCUAUACUUGUUUACGAUAUUUCUCAAUUUGAUGCAUUAAAGGAAAUAAAAGAACUAUCAAGUGAAUAUAAUAGCAAUAAAAUUCCCAUUAUGAUUAUUGCCAAUAAAUGUGACAACAAUAAGCAUAAAAAUAGUGUCGAUUUUUUAAAAGACAUUAAAGAUUAUUUUGGAGAGGAAUUAAAUAUUUUAGGAGAAGAAUUUUUAUUUGAUAAAACCUCAAUAAAAGAUAAGACUAGUGCUAGUCUUGAUAAAAUCCUAAAAGAAUGCGCAUCUAGACUUUUAGAUUUUAAAGAAACCAAAGAACUGAAUGAAUUGACUUCUCCAAGUAACCAAUUUAAGUCCAUUAUGAAACAUACAACACAAUUAUACUUAUAUGAGGUACCAAAGAAAGUUAUUGGUGGGCGACAACAAAUAGAAGAGAUAUUGCAUGACGGAAUAAAA